UAUCCUACUGGAGAAUCUGAGAAGAGUCUUGAGAGUGUGAGAAUGGAGCUUCUUUCAGAUGUUAAGAAGAAGAACAACAGGGAAGCAGUAAGGAUGAAAAUGGAAAAGACAUUUGCAUAUAGGAGACAGGAAGUGGUUCGCGACACACCAAUGAUAAGAGACUUCCAGACGAGAUGGCCAGCACUUUUUGAAGUAGGCGAGAUAAAUGCUGAAUUCAAACGGAUCACAACAAUGCCCCUGCAGUCCAGAUUUCUAUCGCAAUUAGAUGUUCACUCCGAGAAACUGCUCAAAAUGUUUAAAAACAGAGGAGGACAGAUUGGCAGACGCCUAGGGGGCAUCAUUGCACCCAUGGAUGAAGAUGAUGACGUGGAUCUGGGAAGAGAAUGUGUCAUAAAGGCACUCUGCGUUUACCUGAACGAGGACCCAGAGAAUCUAUUGAGAGAGUAUGUGGCAGCAGAUGAAUCCCUCCUCCAGGAAUCCAUUGAGGAAACCACUAUGGGUAUAUACGUCUGGAAACACAGAGAUGACAGUGAAAAACCAGAGGACAUUGGCAUUGUCCUCGAGUCCCAGAUUGUGAUGCAGGAUAUGGACAGUGUUCCCUUAGCUGCUGCCAUGUUGUUUGGCCUAAUAUAUUCUUUGAACUUAAACUACCCUGCUGAACUCAAGUAUACCUUUGAAGUGCUGCAGAAGGUGGUCAUGGAGCUUGAAGGCAAUGCACUGUCCAAAAAAGCCCAAGUCCUGAAGAACAGACUUUAUCAGUGAACUGGCUAUCCAGGCUCUCGAGCUUGAUUUCUUAAGACAUACAUUAUGUCACCUACCUCUUCCAGUUGUUGGACUUUUCUUUUGGGCGGGUAGGAG